UAUAUUUUCGGUUAUGUCAGUUGUAUAAAUAAAAUAGCUAGUUUAAAUUAUCGAUAAACCAACAACACGAAAUUGAAACCAAAUUUGCUGUUAACAGAGUAAGACUACAAGGCGAUGCUGUCAAAUUACUUGAACAGCUGACGCCACAGUCACUUGCUAAACUACAAUUUAUAGUAAACUUGUCGAAAGCCGCGCUGUUGGAUUAGCGUCGUGAUCGCGGCGGUGCUCGUGGCCGCGCUGGUGGCCGUGCUGGUGGUGCAGCCGUGGGCAGAGGACGGCAGCCACGCACGGUACGCGCGCGCCGCUGUCGCCGCCAAUGGACACGAGUGCGCCGCUAUCGGACGCUCGAUACUUGAGAAGAACGGGAGCGCCGUCGACGCGGCAAUCGCCACGCUCUUCUGCGAGGGUCUAGGCUGCGCACAAUGUAUGGGCUUGGGCGGUGGCUUCUUGGCCACCGUGUACGACGCGAGCACGCGACGGGUGCGAGUCCUCAACGCGCGCGAGCGGGCGCCGCUGGCCACUACGGUCACCAUGUACGACAACGCAUCCUCCACAGUCGGCGGUCUCGCGAUCGCCGUUCCGGGAGAACUGCGAGGCUACGGCGAAUUAUAUCGCGAAUACGGCCGCUUGCCCUGGGCGGAGCUGGUCCGUCCAACAGCCGAGCUUUGCCGGACGGGCCACCGAGUGACCGAGUACAUGGGCCGAGUGCUGGCGACCUACAGCGACAGGAUCAAGGCGGAGCCAUCCAUGAGCGAGUUGUACGUGAAUCCAGCGACGAGCGAAGUGUACAAGGAAGGCGACACAAUCGUGGAGCCGACGCUGGCGCGGACGCUGGACGUGAUCGCGGAGGAGGGUCCGGGGGCGAUGCACAACGGCUCGCUCACCGCCGCGCUCGUCCGCGACAUCGAGCGCUUCGGCGGUAUCAUCACGGAGGAGGAUAUGAGGCAAUACAGGGUGGAGUGGCAAGAGCCAAUAUCGGUGCAGCUGUCCGAUCAGCACACAUUGUACUCGGUGCCGCUGCCCGGCUCGGGCUCCGUGCUGGCUUUCAUCCUCAACAUGCUGGCCGGGUGGGUCGGCGGCGAGGCCGCGCCGCGGGCCUCCGGCCUCUACUACCACCGCGUCGUCGAGGCCUUCAAGUACGCGUACGCCAAGCGCACCGGCCUCGGGGACGCUUCACGAUCCGACCUCACGUACUCCGUCACUGAGCUGGAGCGCAACCUAUCCAACGCCGACUGGGCCCGCGCCUUCCGCGACCAAGUGAACGACGACCACACCUUCAACGACUGGCGGCACUACGGCGCGCUGUUCGAGGGCGCCGACGACCACGGCACUGCGCAGAUCGUCGUUAUAGCUCCUGACGGCAGCGCCGUCGCUGCCACGAGCACCAUUAACUACAUUUGGGGCAGCCAGCGCCGUUCAACAAGCCUCGGCAUAAUGUUGAACAACGAGAUGGACGACUUCGCGAUACCAAACCACGAGUCGGCGUACGGCAUGCCGCCGUCCCCUGCCAACAUGUUAGCGCCGGGCCUGCAGCCCCUGAGUUCCAUGGUGCCCAGCAUCGUGCUGAACCAGCGAGGGGAAGUUGAUCUGGUGUUAGGAGCCGCCGGCGGGACCAAGAUCACGACCCAAGUUGCUAUGACGGUGAUAAACACCAUCCUCGAGGGCAGCUCGCUCCCUGAAGUCAUGAACCGCCCGCGCCUCCAUCAUCAGCUCAUGCCCAUGGAAGUGGAGCAUGAAUAUGAUUUUAAUGCGGACAUAAUAAAAGCGCUCCGAGCGAAAAACCACUCGACGACAGAGCUCGACCGGACCGCCGGCUUCGCCGCCAUGGUCGGCGCCCAGCGGGACGGAGACGGAUACUUAGUGCCCAACACGGACAGGCGGAGAAUUGGCAGUAUCGACGGUUUCUAAUACCUACCAUACCUAGUGGCUCUAUGAGCUGUAGGUAAAUAGACCUCGCGAACCCCCAUGGCUCACCACUUAAAAUAAUUCUUAAUAACUAAAUAGACAAAUCCAUAUAAUUAUCGAACAAAAUUUUCACGAGAAUCGGUUGCGAAGCGUUAAGGAAAGUCGGAUUGCAUACAAACAGCUGGACAAGCAUACAAAAGCAUUUUUGCCUAAGGGUGGUAUUCCACCUGUCCAAUGUGUAUUUUGUCUCACAUUUUGCUUAAUUAGAGAGUGAGACGCAAAUGACACUGGGCAGAUAGAAUACCACCCUAAGCUGAAGCGGAGCGCUUGCUCGCUCAAAAAUAAAUACCUUUAUAGAGAUGUGAGAUAUCUCAACCCAUUCUCGACCAAAUGCUCGGUAUUAGGUCUAACUGCUGUUACUGUAAGGGCUUUCCUUUGUGGUGAUGCCGGUGACAUAUGGAUAGAAGACUAGACGUCGUGCCAAUUUAUACACCACGAAGUCUAUACUUAUUUCAAUACAAAGGAAUUUUUAAAUGAAAAGCUACAAGCUUUGGCGUCACUACACUUUUAAGAAGAACUAACCAAAAUAGAAGUAAACCUUUUCAGUAUUUCAAAAUAGUCAAUCUCACCAUUGUACCUACUCUUUAAUCACAAUACUUAAUCUUCACAACGUAAUGUGUAAACACUAGCCAUGCCUUGAUUAAAGUUACUUAGAAAGAGCGGUAGCAAAAUGUCAAUAGAACAACAGGGUCCGCCUUUUGUAACCUAAAAGAAAAUAGGAUACUUAAGGUUCUAAUAAUUUCCAAGUACUUUGCAAAGCUUUGUGUUUGAGGUAAUUCGUAUUGAAGUUUCUUUAAUACCGUACCGUAUACGUUUCGCAUGCAAUGAGCAUGAGCAUUUCCUUGCAUACCUAAUUCAUAUUGUUACCGAGUUUCAUAUCAUUAUUAAACUACCUAUAGGUACAAUUAAAGGUAUUAGAAAAGCGUAUAAAACAAAGCUCGCAAAAAAUAUGUUGUUUUAGGUAUCAACGUUUGCCUUCCACAGAAAUAUUAUGUAUAAGAUCUCAAAUAGAUACCUUAUUUAAACAUAUAAUUCUAUAUAUAUUUGCAUACCUAUAUUUCAAAAAAAGCCAUGUAAAUAAUUUUACAAAGAAUAAGAUAUGUUGUAAAUAAAACCUCCAAAAAUACUGAGUUGUAUUAUAGGUGGUAAACUUUGAUAAUUUGCCUAUAUGUACUUAUUAUAGACGAACAGUCACUAAAAACUAUAAGGCACAUACAAACAUGUACCUACUCAGGAAUGCUAAGAUAAUAAGUAGUUGUGCAGUAGCAAAAAGAAUAGAUAGUAUAGAGGGGUCCUGUCAUUGUAAAUUUUGUAGUCACUGUAAAUUUACUGCCAUCUAUCGACACACGACUAAAACUCACUAAAACACGACUAAAUGAAAACGUAUAAAGUUAUCGAAAAAUUUAUAUAUAUAUAUGGAUAAAUGAUUUUAUUAUUUUUAUAUCUUUUUGAUCCAUGUUCAUUCACUGAUAUCUAUGUGUUAAAAUUGUUAAAUAUGAAACGGUGUCGUCACGCCAUCUAGCCGAGGAUAGGCUAAAGGUGUGUGCGCCAUCUAUUCGAGAAUGGCUUUUACUUGAAUUCCGAGGCACGUUUUUUCCUUAGACUUUAUUCGUCUUAUACGAAGUUACAUAUGUCUUUGGCAGUAGGUAGGUACAUAGCCAAAGGCAUAAUAAAACGUUGCAUUAUAUUGUAGGCGGAUUUGGUUUGUUGAACUAGGUGGCGCUAUGCGGCGCAAUAAACGUAUUGUGGUACCUAGAUUGCAGUUUACCGCAUAACGAACGCAUUUUAUUCAGCUGUCAAAAUACCUACGUGUACCUAAAUAGUAAAUUACGAUACAAGUGCGAAAAGUAGGAAGUUAGCAACGAGUGGCGAUAAAUUGAAACAUGACCGAAGGGACUGUUUUAAAUCGCCACGAGUUGCGAAUUACCUUUUCGCACACGUGUAUUAUGUACCUACAUCGUUUUACAGUGCAUAUGGCCUUACAUUUUUUGACAUAGGCACGUAUUGUGCUAAUUACCGCACUAGGGCGGUAAAGUAUAACCAUAUGUACUGUAAUACAAUAUUUUGCACCACUUGGUUCGACUCUUUUUAUUUGUCUAUUGUAUACUGUAUAAAUUAUUAAGUUUAGAUAUAUCUAAUAAUUAUGUACCUAUGUUGUCUCAUUAUGUUGUAUAGUUAUUAACACUAACCAUAAUGUUUAUAACUUUAUUAUUGGGUUUGUAUUGCAUACACAGAAUGGUUUGCCAAAUAAGCCUCCAUUUUGUGAGGUGCAUUUUUACUUAUAGUCAAAGGGACAGAUUCAUUAACAAUAAGUACCUUCGCAGAAAUGAGGGCUUAUAAGUUAGAGUUAGACCAAGAAUCUGCAGCGAUUUUGAUAGCCCACGCAGUGCAAGUGUUAUUUAUACGUCAUAAUUUCAUAGAAGUUUGACGUUUAAAAUAACACUGGAAAUUUAUGCCGAUUAUGCAAACUUUGUAUAUAAAGUGUUAUAUAUAGACAUUUUCUUUGGGGCCUAAAAUUCUUGACAUAAUAAUAACGAGUUGACUAUAACGCUCAUUUCUAAUGUAACCAUUUAUAAAGUCAGUAACCUUCCAUAAUAUUAGCCAAGUUACUUGCCUUACUUUCACAGAUUUUGUGGUGGCCGAAUUUAGGGUAGUUUACCCCAUAAAAACUACCGCCCAUGAUAAUAAUGUACACGUUGCUUAUCAUGAACAGUGGCACAACUCAAAAUGAAAUGUUAUUGCAUUUAAUAUUCUAUCUUUUACUGGUAAGAUUUAAAAUCGAAUGGCAUUUCACUUUGUUUUGUGUCACUAUUCAUGAUAAGCAACGUAAAGGUACCUUUCCUUCGUUUGCGCGGGAACCAUGUGAUGUUAAUUUAGUUACCUGCCUAUGUAACAUGCUGUGAUGUGAUAUUAAUUGUUUCUUAUAAAAUAAUAAUGAAAUUAUAUGUUUUGUUAAUAAAAAUAAUUAUGAAUA